ACCGGAAGUCUUGUUGUUGUGUUUGCUAGUAGACUUAACUCACCAAAUCAGCUAUUUUCGGUAGCUGCGAUUGGCCUUAUUGUGGACCGUGAGCGUCGUUUUUUAAAUAGAUAUUCCUCCUGCUGCGGCCAUGGAGCACAGCGAUGCGGGGCGAGGAGGAUGGAAGUCCAAGCCCAUCUUGCCACAGAAAAACAAGAUGAACAUGAAUAUUCUCCGGCAAGAGAAGCUGAUCGCUCAGAAGAAGAAGGAGAUUGAGGCCAAAAUGGCUGAGCAAGCAAAAAUGAAUGUACAGACCCCGAUCAAACCCCUGCCUCAAAGCACCCCCAGUUUUUUAGGAGCUUCUUCAAACAAGUUUGUAAAUGAUGGAAGCUUCUUACAACAGUUCAUCAGGAUGCAGAAGGACAAACCCGGUUCCACCACAGAUGCCAAAACUCCCCCAGCUUCGACUUCACCACCAGCAGGAAAUGCCCCGCAGAAAAAGAGCAUUCUUGUUGGCAAGCGGCCUGGCCUUGGUGUCAGCAGCAUGCUCAGCCAGUUCAAGAACUACUCUCAUUCCAAGAAGAAUCCGGUUCUCGGCCAGAGGCCGAGUGUGUUCUGUUCUCCAGAUGAGGAAGAUGAGGACGAAGAGGAUGAUUACUCCAAAUUCUUAGAGAUGAAAGUCUCUCCCCCAGUGGAUUCAGACACCAGACUCAUUAUCGACAAGAUGGCCUCUUUUGUGGCGGAGGGAGGAGCUGAGCUGGAGAGAAAAGCCAAGGAGGACUACAAAGACAAUCCCAUUUUCGCAUUUUUGUACGAUAGGAGCACCAUGGAGUAUCUCUACUUCAAAAACAGGGUUGCUGUUUUGAGAAAGGAUUUGCUAAGACAUGAGAAUAAUCAUGUCUCCCCCCCAGUGGACGCGGAAACCCAGCAGAUGGCUGAGAAGCUGGCCAGGUUUGUGGCAGAAAGUGGCCCUGAGGUGGAGGCCAUUGCUGCUGAGCGUAACCGAGACAACCCUGCCUUCAGUUUUUUAUAUGACCACCAAAGUCCAGCCCACCGCUUCUACAAAGAGAAAGUCCAGGAGUAUCGGGCUGCGGCCUCCCAGAGCUCCUCGCCUCCUACAGCCAAACCCUGGAUUGACUUUCAGCGACCAGCUGCUCUACCACCACCAUCAUCGUCAUCAUCGUCGUCGUCAUCAUCAUCAAUAAAGCCUCCAGCACCGAACCCCGCUCCCCUACUCCACGUUCAAGAGACGAACGCUCCGCCCGUCAAACGGAAGAGAAAGAGUAGAUGGGGGUCUGAGGAUGACAAAGUGGAGUUGCACAUUCCUCCCAUCAUCAUUCCUCCGGAGAUCAAUGUUCCAGACCCCAACGCACCCUUUCUCUCUGCCCAGGAUCUGCGAGGUCUUGGUUAUAAGAAGGGGAAGCCUCUCGGUCUGGUGGGAGUGACGGAGCUAUCUGAGGAUCAGAAGAAACAAAUAAAGGAACAACAAGAGAUGCAGGAGAUGUACGACAUGAUCAUGAAGCACAAGCGUGCGAUGGCGGAGAUGCAGGUGAUGUGGGAGAAGGCCAUCAGAGACCAUCAACAUGAAUAUGACAGCGACGAAGAGGUGGACCAGCAGGCAGGCACAUGGGAGCAUCGUCUCCGACACAUGGAAAUGGAGAAGACCCGUGAGUGGGCCGAAUCUCUGACAGAUAUGGGUAAAGGGAAACAUUUUAUCGGGGACUUCCUGCCCCCAGAGGAGCUGGAUAAGUUCAUGGAGACCUUCAAAGCGCUCAAGGAGGGCCGGGACCCAGACUACACAGAAUACAAAGAGUUUAAGUUGACGGUGGAGAAUCUUGGUUUCCGGAUGCUCAUGAAGAUGGGCUGGAAGGAAGGUGAAGGCCUGGGCAGUGACGGACAGGGCAUCAAGGCUCCCGUCAACAAAGGAACUACCGCCAUGAACGGGGCCGGGUUUGGAGUUGACCGCCCAGCAGAGCUCACAAAAAAUGAUGACGAGUAUGAUGCUUUUAGAAAGAGGAUGAUGCUUGCUUACCGCUUCAGGCCCAACCCACUGAAUAAUCCACGGAGACCAUAUUACUGAAGUAGAGGACUGUUUUUGUUCGUACUUGUUCUAGUUUAUCAUAAAUUAAAAACGUUUUUCUUCCACUGGCACAUCCCUGCUCGGUUGUGAAAUGGACUAAGCUGCAGAACAUUUUUAAUUUGUGUGACAUGUAUAAAUAUUACACCAUUCAUUUCAUUUGAGUGAGAGCGAAAGAAAAAUGUUUCUUUAAAUACUUGAUCAGCUGUUUUAUACUGUUUUAAUGUGAUAUCGUAACAACUUAAAACAUAUAGGCUCAGAUUGCGUGACUCCCAGAAUGCUUUGCCUCUGCAGUAUCCGUUAGCAUUUUGUUCUUUUCAGAGCUUGACUUUGCGUUUUUAACUAUACAAGACACUAAAACAGUUCUGUCUUAGUGCACAUUAUUCUGUAUAGUUAGUAAGUAUUUUGUUCUCACUGUGUUGUAAUUGAUUUGGAUUCUGGUCAUUAUGUCCUUCAGUGAUCACAAUAAAUGUCAAAUUACUGAAAUGUG